UCUCUCUCUCUCUCUCUCUCUUACCUUGUUUCCCAAGUUUGUUUCUUGUUUCUUUAGUAAUCUUUUUCUGAUUCAGUGAACUCUAACAUCACUCUAGAGUAAUGGCGAAGGUCAUGUUCAUCUUAGCUUCUGUGCUUAUUUUUGUAGUUGCUUUCUCUCAUGCAGUUAACUCUGUUGAGGGAAGGCAUUUAAAGAUUGGGAAGACAAAGGUGUCUAACAAGAAACCUAUAACUCCCACAGAGAAGACUGAAACUGCAUCAAGAAAACUUGGUGAAAAUACCAGUACCUUUCGUGGUGACCAUGCAAGUAAAACAAUGGCACACGUAGCAAACGAGUUUAAGGCAGCAGCCCUUGUUGAUAUCAAACACAAUGAAACUACAAAUCCUGGAGUUCCAUUAGACGAUUCACGAUCACCUCCACCAGGUCAUAUUGAAGACUUCCGGCCAACGGCCCCUGGUCACAGUCCAGGAAUCGGGCAUUCCGUUCACAACUAGUGGACUUUUAUUAGUUAUUAGAGUUUCUCAAUAUGAAGUCUUCCCAUGAGUCCGGAUCCCCUCCCCCGUAGGUAACUACUUCCCCUUGUUUAGUUUCUUCGUAACCAGUAGGUUAUUCUAUGUACGUCUUCACUGUAAUACAAUGCAAUUUGAUUCAGAGUCCCUG